AUGGAAGGUCAAUUUAUUGUAGAUAAAGAAAUUGGUUCAGGUUCCAAUAAAACAAACCCACCAGGAUUUUGGAUUGGUUUCGAUGACGCUUUCUAUGCAGUUGCUGGAUAUCAAAUCCUUGCAAAUGGUCGUAUCGUAUAUUCUCAAGACAACGCAAGAGAAGAAGCAUAUAUAACUUCAAACUCACAAACUACCGAACAAAUAAAGAAAGUAGAUGUUUUCUCAAAGACUCGACAUGAAGAUGUAUGGAGUCAUUCGGGAACAUGCAGAACAGGACAAAUUGUUAGUGGUCCAAUUACAGCAGGAAAAUCAUUUGAUUUUAAGCUUCGUUUAAGAAUUCCUGUUAGAAGAUUCCUUCCAUUAGAAGCUAUUCGAUUUAUUCCAGCUUUUGCAGGAAACAUUCAGCUUAAAGUAAAGUUCAGUAGCGACGCCUUACAAUGCACAUCUAUAUCUGUAAAUGAUAUCAUUGCUUUCAAUCCAACUCUUAAAGUUGCAUUUGCUUCAGAUUCAAAUCCACCGACAAAUAAAUUUGUUCCAUGGAAUGAACCAUUCACUAUGAUAACGAAGGCAGUAGAAGCUAGUGGAACAGUUACUAUUACAACUGUAACCCAGCAACUAUUUCGAACAAAGAUGGAUUUUAAUGAAUGUUUCAUUCAUCCAAAGUCAUUCUCUUUAGACCCUAACAUUUAUACAGAACUUGUAGAACAUUAUACAAACGAGGCUUUAUGUUUUCCUGUUAAAGUUAUGGAUUGGAUUCCUAUGGACGGUUCAUUCUCAAAGAAUACAGAUAGUUCAAGUGCAACAUUUACAGCAGCUUAUACGCCUAUUAAUGUUAAAAGUAUUUGGGCACUAUUUAGAAAGAAAGACAACUAUUAUGUUAAUUUUGAGAACCCUAAGUUUAAAUAUCUUCAGCUUUCCAUGGGAGCUUAUGGAAAUAUGCCUGCAGAACCUGAAAAAUCAUAUGGACCUGUAUUUUAUGAAAUGGUUGCGAACGCCUGCAAUACAAACAAUGAUAUGAUAGGAUUUAAUGAAGAUGUUAUGAGGUCAUUGGUGGAUGAUGGUAGUGUGGAACAUAAAUGGGAUAGCUAUGACAACACACAUUUCUUAUGUGGUUUUCCAACAGAAGUGGACUUUUGCUUCCAGCAAGGUCAAACAUCUACUGCUCCAAUAA